GAGAGACAGUCGCUCCCUGCUUAUCUUCCUCUGCCUUGAACCUUUGGAAGUUCAGUGGCUCCUUCUGGAAUCUGGGAGAAGAUUUAACUGGUACCAGAGUAGUCUGCUUUUCCUUGUAAAAGCUCUUCUUGCCUUCAGAGCACAAUCCUUCAUUCAGAGAACAUGAAGAUGUAGUAAGAAACACCAGUUAGGGAAGUUCUUGAUUUAAGAAGGAAAUUGGCAACAGAGAAAGCAGAUUGUUGUUGAAGGCUGACUUAGAGCACAAAUUAGGGAUGGAAGAGCCAGGCCCAACGGGUCCAGAAGCAAGAAAAGGCCCUGAUGCAACCCAGGUGGGGAGUAGUUGUGAAUUCUGGGAAAUAACUGUGGAGAAGAUCUUAGGUGAGGACACAGUUAGCUCAGAUGUACCAUACCAGCGUUUCAGGCAGUUCUGCUACCAGGAGGCCAAGGGGCCUCGGGAACUUUGUAGUCGACUGCACGAUCUUUGCCAUUGGUGGCUGAAGCCAAAGCAACACACCAAGCAUCAGAUCCUGGACCUGGUGAUCCUGGAGCAGUUCCUGACCAUCUUGCCCCCAGAGAUGGAGAGCUGGGUCAGGGAAUGUGGGCCGCAGACCAGUUCCCAGGCAGUGGCCCUGGCAGAAGGUUUCCUCCUGAGCCAGGCAGAGGAGGAAAAGGUGCAGUUGGAAGGGGUCCCUGGUUUUCCUAAGGGAAAGAAGGUUUUGUCAGACACCAGUCGGAAGCCGCUGUUCAGAUGGAUUGUACAGGAAGGGGAGGGAUGUGCCAGCUUGCUGGCUUGUGGAAUUACAUCUGUGAUGGAUGGCAGCUCAUUUCUUCUUGAUCCUAGGGUGGAAACUACUUCUGCACAGCCUGAUCAGGUAGCGGAGGGUUCAUGGGUGGAGAUGGGUAGCACGAGGCCAGGUGAUUGUCUGGAUCUGAAUGGAUGCCUGGCUCUCUCUUUCCGUCAGUGA